AUGAGCUCGUCACAGAAACCUUCCGCUAAGGAGGCGGCACCCCAACGCAUCGAAGACGACGAUGACGAGUGGCAGUCCAUGCCUGUUGAAACCGCGCACGCUUCAUCUACAUCAAUACCUGCCAGUGCCUACUCGAAUCCAUUUGACCUUCCGUACGGCGACGAAGACGAGAAUGAUUCGGACCCAGACGAUCCGCGUAGAUUUCACUCGCUUCCCUCGAAAACCUCAGCCCGCAACCUGCCCAAUCGCUCUGCUAGCGGAUCACACCAUAAGCGUUCCGGUGCCAGGUCCCAGUACCUUACCGACAAUUCGGCCUCUAUCGCGGGCGCAGUCGCUUCUCGCUCCCACAAUGCUGCCACCAAUGCGACGGGGACACAUCUCGACAUUGACGAUGCCAGAGGCUACGACUGGAGGUCCAAACCAGUCAACAAGCAAAACGACGAUGAUGAUCCCGACAGCGACGAGGAGAAGGGCUACACUCAACUCAGACUAGACGAAGAUGAGGAGGCCGAGGAACUCCAUGCCGCCACCUCCUACCUCUUCCAGGAUGGCAAUCGCCACGAUCCGUACGGCGACAAUACCACCGCUACCCCGCUCAACCAGAUGAAGACCACCAAACAGCUCCUCUCAGAAGGUCAGAAGAUCGCCUAUGUCGGUCUUUGCAGCUUGAUAGCCUCCGAAAUGGUCCGUCAAAUUCGCAGAGUCCCGGGUAAGAACCUUGACCCAGCAAGGCAAAGCAUCGAAGGCUGGAAGAUCAAAGUCAUGGCUCGUCUCUAUCAGCAUAUGGAAAUCGAGAGCUCAGAGCAACGCAUGAUUGAAUCCUUGGCAGAGCACGGCGUGCUCGCUACCGACCUCGCUCCCUCUCUCAUCACCACCCAGACCAUCGACAAUCCCGACUUUGACCCAGAAGCACUCAGGGAGAAACAACAAGAGGAGCAAACGAUGACGCUGACCUGGGAGCAAGCCGCCGAGAGCCAUCAACGUCAGCAAACGAGGGAGUGA